AUGGCCAAGUUAUCCACCCUCAUGGCGAUCCUCGCCCUCUCCGUCGCCACCCAUGGCCACCCCAGCACCGAGGAGGCUGAGCAGGCGUACUUUGAGUCUAGACGACAGGUUGUCGCCAACACGAAGCACAAUCUCGAGAAGUGCAUCAACUCCCCGGCCUCGCGGGCAUUGAGGAACCGUGCCGUUGCUCGCCGCGCCGCCAGGGCAACCGAGCUCCGGCAACGGUUCGGAAUCAAGACGGCCGCCGCGGCACACGUGCGUCGCGACAGUGCUUCGCUGGAGAAAUGGGCUUCCAUCUCGCACGACUACACGGCAUCAGGCUUUGAUCUGAACACGCCGACGGAUGUCAUCUUCGCCUCCAACACCACCUGCGCCCUUGUUCCGGAGACCAUCAUCGGGCCUUACUUUGUCGACGGCGAGCUGCUCAGGACCGACAUUACCGACGGCGAGCCUGGGGUCCGAACCCAUGUCGAUUUCCAGUUCAUCAACAUCAAAACCUGCGAGCCCGUGCCCGAGCUCGUCAUCGACGUCUGGCAGGCCAACUCGACCGGUGUCUACUCGGGCGUCUCGGCCCCGUCGCAAGGCGGCUUGAAGACCAACUUUGGCCGCGGCAUCCAGGUAUCGAACAGCGACGGUGUCGUCGAGUUUGACACAAUCUUUCCCGGUCACUAUGUCGGCCGCACCAACCACAUCCACGUCAUGUCGACGGAUCAGGCGAAUCUCCUGCUCAACGGAACCUUUGAAGGUGGCACCGUCCGCCACAUUGGCCAGACGUACUUUGACCAAUCCCUCAUCGCCGCUGUCGAGGCGGUCGAGCCGUACGUUCGGAACAAGCAGAACGUCACGAGCAACCUCCAAGACAAGUACACGGGCGAUCAGGCGACGCCCGAGUACGACCCCUUCUUCAAGCACGUCUACCUCGGCGACUCGGUCGACGACGGCAUCCUCGUGUGGCUCACGAUUGGUCUGGAUCUCGACGCAAACUACAACAAGAAUCGCACUCCAGCCGCGCACUGGCAUCCCGGCGGCGGCACCGACAAGCGCAACGGCACCGGCACCUUGUCGAGCGAACUGUGA